AUGGUAUUAGAUGAAACCCUAACUCUAGCCCACUGGAAUGCUGUCAUGACCACUCCGACUGACGAAUCGUCUUCUACCAACCCUACUCCUUCUGUUGUUCCUUCUUCUGUGGAUUAUUCGAAUCCAUACUACCUUCAAAGUGGAGAUCAUCCCGUUGUGAUGCUCGUCUCCCAACCCCUUGCUAGUGAUAAUUUUCUCACCUGGAAUAGAUCCAUGUCUAUGGCCCUUAUUGCUAAAAACAAACUCUGUUUUGUUGAUGGUGCUUUGUCGAAACCUUAUGAGAGUGAUCCUAUUUAUCAUGCUUGGAUUCGCUAUAAUACUGUUGUUUUUUCUUGGUUGCUUAAUGCUUUGUCUAAAGAAAUCGCAUCCUCAAUCCUUUACAUCGAUACUGCAGAAGAAAUGUGGAAUGAUUUAAAUGAACGAUUUGCACAAAGCAAUCAGCCUCGUAUCUUCCAGAUCUGGAAGACUAUUUUGCAUCUUUACUUCAAGAAAAUGUCUCUGUAA